AGUGGGUUCCUCCACCUUUCCUUCCUCCUCUUUUUUCUUUUCCCACUGCCACCCGCCAUCCGCCAGACAGGAAGCCCCCCACGAAAGCACAUGUCUGGAGCGCCCGCUGGUGAUCUCGAGGAUAGCGGAGAGUUCGAGCAGAGCCAGUCUGAGCCACCGCCCGCCCAGCGCACCGCCGGCUCCUACGAGGACGCCUUCGAAGGCGAGGCCACGGAGCCCGUGUCCGAGGGCGGCGCCGCGGGGCCCGACCGCACGUACUCCGAGGGGUUCGAGGACGACGAGAGCGGUGACGCCGCCGCGAACGCGGCCAGGUCGACCCCACCCGCCGCCACUAGAGCCGAGCCUGGGGAGCCCGCCGCUGGGGGGGGCGACGUCGCCGCGCCCACCCCGCCGCUUGCCGCAGGGCCCGAGACGGCCACGGCCGAGGAGCCCGGUGAGCUGCAGCCCCCAGCCAGCACGCCGGCCGCAGGGGCUCCCCCUGCGGAGGCGCCCGCGACGGAGAGCCGUCCCCGCGAGAAGCAACGCCACCGGCCGAAGCGGACCCGGCCGAAGCCACUGCCGAGCUGCCUGGCACCACGCCAGAGCCCGCCACGGCCGAGGCGAAGGAGGCGCCCGCUGCAGAGGAGGCGCUUUCGGCGGAGGUUGUGCCAGCGGCGACCGCGGACGAAGACACUCAGGGGAGCACGCCACCUCCCAAGGAGGCCAGCGGAGACCCCGAGCAGGACGACGGGGAGGACACGAAUCAGCUCCUGGCAGAGGCGGAGAACAUGCUGCAGACCAGCCCGGUCGCCAAGGACGCCACCGCGACUGGGAGCCCCAUAACGCCACGAACUGAGGGGGCGAGGCAGCUGAAACAGCCGAAACGCAAGGAUGAUUGCAGCAUGUCGCGAAGUGCCUCUGGGCCAUCAGUUGUUUUCGGAGACUUCGCGGACAUCAAGAGGAGAACAGAGGCAUUCGGUGGCAUGUCUACGGAGGGGGUUAAGAAAGGACAGACUUACGCCACGCACAUCGCUGGGUUUAAGUCCUCUCCUAAAUUCACCAUGACUGGGCGCGACAAGAAUCCGUCCUUCCUCCGCAGCAAUUCCGUACCUGCGCCAGGCGCCUAUGAGGCGAAUGGCAGCGAAAGAUCCAAGUACACCAACCAGCCCAAUUUCACAUUCGGUGGAGAGAAGCGUUUCGGUGCGGAGAAGAAUCCCAUGAAACGCCAGCCCGGUCCAGGCCAGUACAGUCCGAAGAUAUCGGUGGAGACCGCUCCAAAGAUUGGCUUCGGUAGCUCCAUGCGGCUCAAGGGCGCCAUGAUCGCGCAGUCCAACCCAGGCCCAGGCGCGUACGAGACCCGCAGUUGUUUGGGGGAGGGGCUGAACUACACGGCGCGCGGGCGCAUCCCGGUGCACUACAUGGCCGCGAAGUCGUUGCCAGGGCCCGGGGCCUACAACCCGACGGUGCUGAACAUUGGCAUGUCUGGCCCGAGAACAGGAUUCGGCACGUCGCGGAGGAACCAGCAUGGCGUUCUUCGCGAACUUGGCCCUGGCCCGGGCUCCUACGAGCUCCAGAACUUGAAGACCCUCGGCACCGAGGGGCCGAAGACAUCCAUGACUUCGCGCCGGCGGCAGCACGACAUCAACAGCUACCUGACGCCCGGUCCAGGCUCCUAUAACUCACACGCCACUUGCUUCGGCGGCCCCUGAGUUAACGAGUGGCGGUCGAACCUGCCACGCGCGACGUUUAUCCCGUGAGCUGACUGCCAAAAUCGUUCCCGCUCUCCUCAUCGUCGUCGUAUUCGUUAUCCGUUGCGCCUCUUCGCCCAGGUUUCACGCCUCUCGCGGUCGUGCUUCAAAAUGAGGUGCUUGCGGGUCUGUCGGC